AAUUAAUACGUAGCCGUAAACUAGACGCAAAUUGUAGACACGAGCUGACAGAAAGAGCAUUCGCGAUAACAUUUACCGUAGUAUCAUUUACUCUCACUGUAAUUAAUUUUCCAACAUGAAGUAGACUCGUAUUACACUUGAUCGCACUUAUAUCGUUAUACAAAUAUACGUACGAGAUGCUUACUAUACGUAUCUACUUCUACAUACGAGUACUCACGUAUAGUACAUCUAGACAUAUACCUAGUAGUUUGUAUUAUGGAUACCUCUACCUCCAAUCUUCCAUAAUACUUAUCUCUACAUGAACGAACAGCUUGCAGCGAGGAAACUUAAUAUUCUAGAUUAAUGCAUAAAUUUAUGCGCUUCUCUGGAUUACCUAUACUACAUACAAUGAUAGUUACAGUACCUACUACGUAUAUUACUAUAACCAACUUGUUCACAAUUUCGAAUUUAUUUUAUCAGUAAAGGUAAUACAACGACACAAUCCACACACGUCGAACAGAACGAGGAUGAUAAACAUGAAUUAAAUCGCGUUAAACGAGACUUAAAAAACAGUACCAGCGAUGCCAAGUCUCGAGCAAACGACGGAUACGGAAUACGAUAUCGUCCGGCUCAAAAUGGAGAUCCGAUACCAACAGACUCAACAGAUGUGCAAACUUUUCACGCAACAACCUACAGACCUCCUAAUAUAUCCCAAAAUACUCAUUCAUCCUCAAACACUCAUUACACCACCAUCACCGGAUCAAUGCGUUUGAUAAAAUUACCAACAACCAAAGCUCCUCCAAUAGUCCAAACAGCUCCAAAUCCUUACCCCAGCUCAGGAUGGCCCAACGUGCCAGUCACACCUCGUCCUCAUCAGUCAAAUCCUUUGGUAGCGGGUAGUUCACGUUUCAACACAUACGCCAAUUCAGGAAACAACCUUAAUGACUUUGAGGCCACCGAUUACAGUAUUGUGAGUGUGGCACCAAGCAUUCAUCCACGUCCAAGGUUCACCACCAAUACCAUGUUCACAACUCCAUCACCAUCUUUGGCGUUGAGUUACGAUCAUCGUGAUCCAAAUUACCACUCUACGAUGUAUACUCAGAUGCCUAACUCAGCUGCUGCCAGUCAUCAUCACGCUGUACAUAAUUUUCCUCAUAAUUUUCGUCGUAAUCAAGUCAACAACUAUUAUGGCUCAGCAGGUCCACCUAGAUUCGUGCCCUACCCACCACCUCAUCCGUAUCCGCCAUAUCCAUAUCCAUACAGUCCACCAGAAACAUCAAUCGUUACUUUAUCCUAUCCUAAUUCUAGUCCUGUUUUUCCCAAUAACCAAAUGACUCAGUAUAUGACCCAACCUCAGCCAAGUACCACAGAAUCAAUAACGUUACCUCCUGCGAUAUCCACCUCGACUACUGCAGCCGUUCAAAAUGCGACUGAAAAACCUCAAAUCAAUUCUACCAAAUUACAAGAAGGUGAAAGUAAACACCACCCGAAUAAGAACUCUAAAAAAGGAGGUCGUAAACCAGGCAAAGAUAACGCCCUCAGCAACACCAUUUUCUACCCUAAAGAUGAUUUCGAAAACGAAGACGAAGCUGAAGAACAAGAAUACGACGAAGAUAAAAACGCAGCCAAUGAAGAAGAACCCGAAGAAGAGGAACACGAAAACGAAGACUUCGAAACGUAUAAUUUUGAAGACGAAACUGAACCAGCUGAAAAAAACCAAAGCGCUAAAUACAGCGCCAAGAAACCAGCUCCGGUGCAAGAGAAUACUAAAAAACCACCCGAUGAGAAUGAAAACGAAGAGGCAGAGCUAGAAUACAUAUUUGAAGAAGAAGAACAAGAUGCCGGAGAUGACGAACCUGAGAAAAUAGAGAAGGAGAAAGAAGAAGACGACGACGAAGCGGAUGAAAAAGGUGAGGAAAAAGGUGAUGAAAAAGAUGAAGAAGAAAACGCUGUGAAACCAGUGUCGAAUUUUUACAAGAGAUACAUCACAGACGAACUAGAUAAUCCUUUUGCUAAACCUGAUUUUGAUUUCAAUUCGUAUUUGUCCGAUUUAGCAAAACCAAUCGAGGUACCGGGAGAAGAAACGCGCAAGAAAGUGAAAAAAUCCAAGAAACCGGCAACAAAUCAAACUCAAGUCGAAGGAGAUAAUGCUGGAACGAAUGUACAUCAGAAUAUGAGUCGAAAACACGAUCGUAUUGUUAGAUUACACUUAUACGAUGAACAACCAGAAGCGAACAUGAAGCUUACACGAGCCACUAAACCAGGACAAGCUCCUAAACGUGUCGUACCAAUGGCUCUCGUACACUCGUACAAACCUGCAAACUACAGUUACCCAACACGUUACCAUUUACAUUCACCUUCUAAUUACAAUUAUAAGACUUUGGAUAAUUUUAAAUACGAUAAAACCAACGACUACAAACCGUUCACAUUUGGAACCAAUUACAAUUUCACGUAUCCUAAAUACGAAAAUCCUUCUCCUUUGAAUCAGCAAAACCAAAACGUCACUGAUUAUUCGGACGAGGCUUGUACCGAUGAAAAUCCUUGCAAUAACGAAGACGAAGAAUAUGCCAAUGCUGAAGAAGGAGAAGAGGAAGAAGAUGCACCAGCUGGAAACGAUGAAAAUGCCAGUGUACAAGAUAAUGAAGAAUACUACGAUGACUAUGCCCAAGAUUACAGCAACGAGCAUCUACCACCAAAAACUCCUGCCAUUCCUGAUAAACUGAAAAACAUAGAUAAAGAAGUAACAUCACCUCCAGUCCGCUUUGAUGAUACUGAAGAACAAUCAGAAGGCAACCAAGAAGAUGAAAAUGCCAGUAAUCAAGGCGAAGAAGAAUCUGGAAACGAGAACGAAGAACCUGAGCAGGCAAACGAGGAAGAACAAGAGUACGAUGAUGAUUCUCAGCAACCAAACACCGAUGCAGAAGAAACAGUUCUAUCUUCUCAGCAAUACAAAACACCUUUGAAACAUUCUUCCCAUUACACCGAUAAGGGAACAGUAUCGGUCGUUGAUCAAGUAAUGAUCCCACAUCGACAGAACAAAUUUCUAAAAAAUUAUACCACCGAAUUAACGAAUCACAUCUCGACUUCUGUGACUAAACCUUCGUCUUCGUACAAGCCCAAAAAUACUUUUAAUGCGCUUCCAACGACGCAUCCAUUGACCACAAAUUCCUACCAUAUGACCACCUAUAGAACACCGCUUAUGCGGAAUACGUUGACGACUCCGCAUUACAAUAAAUUUAAACAAAAUUUCGAUUAUAAGGAGAAAACCAAACCGAGCUUACAUGUAAACAAAACCAGAACUACCGAUUAUUAUAAAUUUCAACCUCCUGUCAACCCUACGUCAUCCUAUACUGCCACUUCUAACGUAGUCACUCAUCCUUUACCUACUCGAAAAACUGAACAACGUUAUGGCAACAAAACUAAAGCUAUAUAUCACAAAUUUCCCAACGAAGACAACGGUAAAAAUGAUAAACAUAGAGAAACAAAUCGAGCUCAACCAACGCAGAAACCAACGACAGUUCAUUGGUGAGACAAAGUACAUCUCGUAUACCAACUAUUACUUUAUCGAUUGCACGAAAUUAAUACUUAUUUGUUGAAUGGUCUCUGACUGCAGACUGCAGUAAAUAUUUGUAAAUAGUUUUGAAACUCAAGUACUUACUUAAACUUAUCUAGUCUUUCAAUAAUAACAUACCUACCUCCCUCCCUGACAUAAACCUAUAAAACUGCUGGCAUUGGUAGUUUUUAAAACUCAAUCUUUCUCAUCUUGAAAUGAAAGUAGACUAUACCUCGACACGUAUCUAUUUACUUUUUAAUGCUGAAUUAACACACAAAUACGAUUAUUAAAUGACAAUAUAAUAGUACUGAGAAUUAAUAAACAAUUACCUUAAUGAAGUUCCAACUUUUAACACGCCUUAGGGCAGAUUCGUGAUGCUCUUUUGAUAUUCAGCAAUCCCAUGCGUCAAGCUGACGAUAAUCAAACUUCACUCAGCUUACUUGUUUGAUUACGCGAAAAAUAAUUUAUGUAUUUUACUUAAUUCAAAUCGAAAUUCUAAAGUACUAAUAGCAAUAGCAAUAGCAAAACGAAUUAAUGGAAUUAUCUACCAUUUUAACAAACUAAUGAGCAAUUUUAUUCAUUCAAAAAUAUGAUUUUUUUGUUAUCAUUAUCGUCCAUUCUCCAUUGAUAAAAAAUUACAGGGUGUUCAGAAAUUUCGUGAACCCCUAAUAAAGUUUUCUGCUAAAAUAUUAUUUCGGUUGGUCACAGUGAAUGAUAAUAAUGAUAGCACAUGAUUGGUUGUUGGGCUGAGAUGAUAACAUUCCACCAACCAUAUAUAUGCAUCUAUUUCACGUUGCCAUUUUGCCAACCUAUAUUUUUAAUGAAAGACUUUGUUAGGGGUUCACGAUAUUUCGGGGCACCCUGUACUUAUAUAAAAAAUCAAACACCUUUGAGCAAUGUAGCCAUUUUUUGAAAACGAAAUUACUGGAUACUGAUGUGAUUUUCUUUCACUUUUUUACCCUGACGCUUUUUUAGUUGCUUUUUUUUCGCAAUAAUGAAAUUAAUUACUACAUAUUUAAAUUAAUUAAUUAGAUAUCAAAGCAACCGCUUUUGAAAUUUUUGAAGCAUCGAAACUCGUAAAAAAUCGAAUACUCUUUUACAAUGCUAGAAGAACCUAGAAAGCAUGGCACACAUUAAGCUUCUCAUUUUUACAACAUUUUAGCUUGUUGCAUGUUGAAACAUGAAAAUUUGAAAAAUUGUUAUUUCGAUAAGCACUUGACAGAUUUUCUUUCAUCAUUCUUUAUACGAAAAAUUAACUCAAUUAAUUUGUGAA